AUGGUUGAGCCUGGUCUCAACCCUCAUCCCUCCGCCAGAGGCGGAGGAAGAUCUGAAAGGCUCACAUCCUCGCUUAUGUGGCUGUUGCUUUGGGCUGGGACCACCUUCCAGGUGACCCUGGGAACCGGACCCGAGCUUCACGCCUGCAAAGAGUCAGAGUACCACUACGAGUACACGGCGUGUGAUAGCACGGGUUCCAGGUGGAGGGUCGCCGUGCCGCACACCCCGGGCCUAUGCACCAGCCUCCCGGAUCCCGUCAAGGGCACCGAGUGCUCUUUCUCUUGCAAUGCCGGAGAGUUUUUGGAUAUGAAGGACCAGUCCUGCAAGCCCUGUGCAGAGGGCCGCUACUCGCUUGGCACUGGCAUCCGGUUUGAUGAGUGGGAUGAGCUGCCUCAUGGCUUUGCCAGCCUCUCAGCCAACUUGGAAGUCGAUGACAGCAUCUCUGAGUCCACGGAGAAUUGCACUUCGUCCAAGUGGGUUCCCCGGGGAGACUACAUCGCUUCCAACACGGAUGAAUGCACAGCCACUCUGAUGUAUGCCGUCAACCUAAAGCAGUCUGGCACAGUUAACUUUGAGUACUACUACCCGGACUCAAGCAUCAUCUUUGAGUUUUUUGUCCAGAAUGACCAGUGCCAGCCCAAUGCUGAUGACUCCAGGUGGAUGAAAACUACAGAGAAAGGAUGGGAAUUCCACAGUGUUGAGCUAAAUAGAGGCAAUAAUGUCCUCUAUUGGAGAACCACAGCUUUCUCAGUGUGGUCCAAAGUGUCCAAGCCUGUGCUUGUGAGAAACAUUGCCAUAACAG